GAACCGGCAAACGAAAGACUCCCCAUGUGCCCAUGUUGUGGAGGAAAUCUUUAGUGUCAGGGGGUUGAAGUGCUUCGAGAUUAAGCGUGAAACUCAGCAAGGGAACAAAUCAAUCGGAUGGCUUCAGAAGACAUAGAUCAGCUUACAGAGGCUCUGGCCAAGACCCAUGUUGGAGAAGAGCUCAGCUACAAGGGUCAGGGCCUAAAACUAAACGAUGCUCAGUCUGUGGAAAAUAUAGUGCAGGAGAUGGAACAGUUCCAGAACAUGAAGGCAUUGCGGCUUGAGGGAAACACUGUUGGUGUUGAAGCGGCAAAGGCCAUCUCAAAGGCUCUCGAGACCAAAAAGGAUCUGCAGCGAUGCUACUGGAGUGACAUGUUUACGGGUCGUGUUCGCUCUGAAAUUCCAUCUGCCCUGAAAUCACUGGGCAGUGCCUUGAUGAUGUCAGGGGCCAGGCUUACUGAACUGGACUUGAGUGACAAUGCAUUUGGACCCGAUGGAGUAAAGGGCAUUGAGGCCCUCCUCAAGAGUCCGGUUUGCUAUACACUGCAGGAACUCAGGCUGAAUAACUGUGGCAUGGGCAUUGGAGGAGGCACUAUCUUGGCCUCUGCACUGACUGAAUGCUACAAGUCAUCACAUGCUGCUGGCUCACCUUUAAAGCUAAAAGUCUUUGUAGCAGGACGUAAUAGACUCGAGAACGAUGGCACAAUUGCACUUUCCCGAGCAUUUAAGUUAGUUGGAAGCCUGGAGGAGAUACACAUGCCACAGAAUGGGAUCAACCACCCAGGGAUUACAGCUUUAGCCACUGCAGUGCAACACAAUCCCAAUCUGCGUGUUCUUAAUCUUAAUGACAAUACGUUUACCAAGAGAGGUGCAGUAGCCAUGGCCCAGGCCCUCAGGCAUUUGAGCAAAGUUCAAGUCAUAAACUUUGGAGAUUGUCUGGUGCGCUCUGAAGGUGCUAUUGCUAUAACAGCAGCACUAAAAGGACUACCUGUUCUUAAGGAGCUGAAUCUAUCAUUUGGAGAGAUUUACGAAGCUGCAGCUCUGGUUGUUGCCAGGGCUAUACGGGACAAAGCAGAUAUGGAGAAACUAGACCUCAAUGGAAACUGCCUGGGGGAAGAUGGCUGUGAAGCUCUCAAAGAGGUUAUGGAAAAUAUGGGCAUGGGGGAUGUGCUCGGUUCGCUCAGUGAUGAUGAAGGGGAAGAUGAAGACGACGAAGAUGGUGAAGAGGUAGAUGAAGAUGGUGAAGAGGAUACAGAGGAAAAGGAUGAUGAUGAGCAGAACUGUUUUAAUGGGUUUAAAAAUAAAGAAAGCCCAUCAAAGGUUUUAUUAGACAGUUCUGACCUCUUGACCUUCCUUCAGUCCCCAACGUCAGAGAAACUACUUAACCUUGGUGCCAAGAGAGUUCAGCUUUUUGAGCAACAAGUGGAUAUUUCAAAUGCUACUGAUAUUGCAGACAUUUUUCUUCAGUUAGCCUCAGUGUAUAAAGAAGAUCCAGAAGUGAAGCAAGUUGUUUUAGAGAGUGCUGAUGCUUUGUUGAAGAAGGUGUUGGCCAGCCCUCAGUUUCAGUCCUAUACUUUUACCUUGUCAUUGUUGGUGAAACUGGGGCUUUUAAAGGGUGAGGAGAAGGCCAGUAAAGUGUGUCUCUUGCCUGGUCACCUACUUACUCUGACGCACUGUGUUGAGCAGGACUACUUCCCUUUGGACCAGGCCAAUAUUCUAGAGAUCUUUGUCUCUCGAAAUGGCAAACUUUUAGCGUCAUGUCCCAGUGCAAUCGGUGACUUUAAAGCUACACUGAAGAAAAGGAUCUCUGCCUAGGACCUGGUUUUGUCACUGAAAACUAAUAAAUACAAACAGAUGGGCCAAUGAGGGGACCAAAAAUGCUUAUGAUGACUUAAUGCAUUAUUGUCUUUUAAUAUUUAAAGUUGAAAUUUGACCAUAGUGAAGCAAUACUUGGAGAUUGGAAUGUAUAAAGUACAUUGCAAACCACUGCCACAUUACAAGCAAUUUAAUAAUAAAUUAUAUAAAAAAUAAAAAAAGAACUUGAGUGGCUUUAAAAAGAA